AUGGAGGCUCAGAGGAAAGACGCAGGUACCAUCUUGUCAGACGGGUUGCGCUCCCAACGAGGGGUAAGUGGUGCAAUCUAUCCCGCCGGCACACAGAACGCAGAAAACAACAACAAAACUGCUCCUGAAUAUGGAAAGAUCCGUUCCCGAAUGCUUGUAGCUAGGCAGCUAUUUGCCGUCUUCUCAUUGCUACUCCUGUCUGGUGUUCUCUUCCGGGUGUACGGCAAGCUGGUGUUCCCCAAAUUAAGCUCCCCCAUGAUAAGCUCCCACAGUGAAUCUGAUCAAGUCUCUCUCAGUGGACGGGGUCCACUCUCCCACGAUGGUGACACCACACGGGGGUGCUUGGAUGUUUUGAAAGAUGCAGCGGCAAAGUUGAAGAAGCCCUGGAUAUCCUCAGAACAACCUAUGCAGGCAGCGCUGCCGUCCAAUGAUGGAGAAGCGCUCACAGAAGAUCAGUUGUUGACCAAUGUAAGCUCCCCCAUAUUAAGCUCCCACAGUGAAUCUGAUCAAGUCUCUCUCAGUGGACGGGACCUACUCUCCCUCGAUAGCGGCACCACACGCGGGUACUUUGGUGUGCUCAAGGAUUUUGCGCAAAAGUUGAAGAAGCCCUGGAGAUCCUCAGAACAACCUGUGCAGGAAGCGCCGUCGUCCAAUGAUGGAGAAGCGCUCACAGAAGAUCAGUUGUUGACCAAUGUAAGCUCCCCCAUGCAAAGCUCCCACAGUGAAUCGACUCAAGUCUCUCGCAGUGGAGGGGAUCCACUCAGCGACGAUGACCACACCAUACGGGAAUACUUGGAGGAACUCAAGGAUGCAGAGGAAAAGAUGAACAAUGCGUGGAAAUCCUCAGAAGGAUCUGUGAAGGACGGUUUCCAAAAUCACUUCACCCCGUCGUCCGACAUAGGCCAAGCGCUCACUGAAGAUCCGUUGGCGACCAUCAAAGACCACGUGGCCAAGAUGCGAACAUGUGAAUUCCCAUCUGUUUCUUCUCCGAAGCUGCGGAGUGAUUUCUUGCACCACGUGCAGCUGCUGCUCAGUAUUUGCCGCAUGGCAACGCUUCGUCUGGAGCAUUUGAAGUGGCACGAGAGUGUGAAGAAUGAUGUCGAAGCUCCAAGCAGUUCUCCUGCCCGGGAAAAGCCUGGUAGCAAUUCUGGCCCGGAAGAUACCUCCAGCAAUUCUUCGCCGACAAACGCGGAUGGCGUCUCGGAUGGCAAGGGGAUAGUUGGCAGUGAGCAGGGAUCGUCAGUAGAUGGAAGAGCAGCCGAAAACAAUGACCUCGAAGAAAAACGCGGUUUUCCUGUCCACGAAGAGCCUGGGACUAAUCCUGGCCGUAAAGAGAGCUCCAGCAAGUCUGUAACACCGGAUGACCUCUUGGCUGCCCUGGGGAUGGUUGGCACUGAAUUGGGACAGCCUCUAGAAAGCGAAGUAGCUCACAAACUACUAUUCCAGUUGGCCUUAGAAGAAAAGCGUAAUGACUGCAACUUGGAGGCCCGGCAUUACUUUGAGCUUUUUCUUCAACCCUCGGGAGAAGAAGACGCCUGCAGUGCCAUUCCUCCCACUGCCGAACACGAAAUCCCAUAUAGUGGAAAACCCUUUAGAACUGGAACUAUCGCACAAGCAGCUGCCCAACUAUUUGGUCAUUCUGAAGACACCACGAAUUAUGCAAAGAUACGGAGGAUGCACAGUAUCGUGCGUAAAUGGACAAACGAUGGAGUAAAGGAAGUUACGAAACAGCAAAAGGAUAGGAAUGCGGACAAACUUCGACAGCGGCAGCUCCUUAAAAAGGAGCAAAUGCGUAUGCUGCUUGAGCAAGGCAUACAAAUGAGUGAUUUGGAGAUGACUGCAUUAUUCCUUCUAUAG